CCUCCCCCGCUCCCCUCCCGCUCCUCAUCCUCUCGCCCUCCCCCCGCGCGGGGACUUUUCCGGAAAGUUUUUAUUUUCCGCUUCGGCUCUCGGAGAAAGAAGCUCCCGACUCCGCGGCGGCAAAACUUUUCGGCUGCCGCUCCGCCGGCCCCCGCCCUCGGCUGCUCGGCCCCGCGACCCUCGGCGCGCCCCGCCGCGCGAUGAGCGCCCCUCCGGUCCUGCGGCCGCCCAGCCCGCUGCUGCCCGUGGCGGCGGCGGCAGCGGCGGCCGCCGCGGCGCUGGUGCCGGGGUCCGGCCCGGGGCCAGCCCCGUUCCUGGCUCCCGUCGCGGCCCCGGCCGGGGGCAUCUCCUUCCAUCUGCAGAUCGGCCUGAGCCGCGAGCCGGUGCUGCUGCUGCAGGACUCGUCCGGGGACUACAGCCUGGCGCACGUCCGCGAGAUGGCUUGCUCCAUCGUCGACCAGAAGUUCCCCGAAUGUGGUUUCUAUGGAAUGUAUGAUAAGAUCCUGCUUUUUCGCCACGACCCUACCUCUGAAAACAUCCUUCAGCUGGUGAAAACGGCUAGCGAUAUCCAGGAAGGCGAUCUUAUUGAAGUUGUCUUGUCAGCUUCUGCCACCUUUGAAGACUUUCAAAUUCGUCCCCACGCUCUUUUUGUUCACUCGUAUAGAGCUCCGGCUUUCUGUGAUCACUGUGGAGAAAUGCUGUGGGGUUUGGUGCGUCAAGGCCUUAAAUGCGAAGGAUGCGGACUGAAUUACCAUAAGAGAUGUGCAUUUAAAAUCCCCAACAAUUGCAGUGGUGUGAGAAGGAGAAGGCUCUCGAACGUUUCUCUCACUGGGCUCAGCACCAUCCGCACAGCAUCUGCUGAGCUCUCCACCAGUGCCCCUGACGAGCCCCUCCUGUCUCCUGUGAGUCCUGGUUUUGAGCAAAAGUCACCAUCAGAGUCAUUUAUUGGUCGAGAAAAGAGGUCAAAUUCUCAGUCAUAUAUUGGACGACCAAUUCAGCUCGACAAGAUUUUGAUGUCUAAAGUGAAAGUGCCACACACAUUCGUCAUCCACUCCUACACCAGGCCCACAGUGUGCCAGUACUGCAAGAAGCUUCUCAAGGGGCUUUUUAGGCAGGGCCUGCAAUGCAAAGACUGCAGAUUCAACUGUCACAAACGUUGUGCAUCCAAAGUACCAAACAACUGCCUCGGCGAAGUGACCAUUAAUGGAGGAUUUCAGGUUUAUCCACCAUGGGUGCAAAACAAUUUUUCAGAUUUGCUUAGCCCUGGGGCAGAGUCUGAUGUGGUCAUGGAAGAAGGGAGUGAUGACAAUGACAGUGAAAGGAACAGUGGGCUCAUGGAUGACAUGGAAGAAGCAAUGGUUCAAGACACCGAGGUGGUGAUGGCAGAGUGUCAGAAUGACAGCGGGGAAAUGCAGGACCCAGACCCAGACCCAGAGGAGUCCAACAGAACUAUCAGUCCAUCAACAAGCAACAAUAUCCCGCUCAUGAGAGUCGUGCAGUCUGUCAAACACACAAAGAGGAAAAGCAGCACAGUGAUGAAAGAAGGCUGGAUGGUCCACUAUACCAGCAAAGACACACUGCGGAAACGACACUAUUGGAGACUGGAUAGCAAAUGUAUUACCCUCUUUCAAAAUGACACAGGAAGCAGGUACUAUAAGGAAAUCCCCUUAUCAGAAAUUUUAUCUCUGGAACCAGCAAAACCUUCAGCUUUAAUUCCUAAUGGGGCCAAUCCUCAUUGCUUUGAGAUCACUACAGCAAAUGUAGUGUAUUACGUGGGAGAAAAUGUGGUCAAUCCUUCCAGCCCACCACCAAAUAGCAGUGUCCUCACCAGUGGCGUUGGCGUCGAUGUGGCCAGGAUGUGGGAGAUGGCCAUCCAGCAUGCUCUCAUGCCUGUCAUACCCAAGGGCUCGACUGUAGGUUCAGGAACCAACUCGCACAGAGAGAUUUCUGUGAGUAUUUCAGUAUCAAAUUGCCAGAUUCAAGAAAAUGUGGACAUCAGCACAGUAUAUCAAAUUUUUCCUGAUGAAGUACUGGGUUCUGGGCAAUUUGGAAUUGUUUACGGAGGAAAACAUCGUAAAACAGGAAGAGACGUAGCUAUUAAAAUCAUUGACAAAUUAAGAUUUCCAACCAAACAAGAAAGCCAGCUUCGUAAUGAGGUUGCAAUUCUACAGAACCUUCAUCACCCUGGUGUUGUAAAUUUGGAGUGUAUGUUUGAGACGCCUGAAAGAGUGUUUGUUGUUAUGGAAAAACUCCAUGGAGACAUGCUGGAGAUGAUCUUGUCAAGUGAAAAGGGCAGGUUGCCAGAACACAUAACGAAGUUUUUAAUUACUCAGAUACUUGUGGCUUUGCGGCAUCUUCACUUUAAAAAUAUCGUUCACUGUGACCUCAAACCAGAAAACGUGUUGCUAGCCUCGGCCGAUCCUUUCCCCCAGGUGAAACUUUGCGACUUUGGUUUUGCCCGGAUCAUUGGAGAAAAGUCUUUCCGGAGGUCAGUGGUGGGUACCCCAGCUUACCUGGCUCCUGAGGUUCUAAGGAACAAGGGCUAUAAUCGGUCUCUAGACAUGUGGUCUGUUGGAGUCAUCAUCUAUGUAAGCCUAAGUGGCACAUUCCCAUUUAAUGAAGAUGAAGACAUACAUGACCAAAUCCAGAACGCAGCUUUCAUGUAUCCACCAAAUCCCUGGAAGGAAAUCUCUCACGAAGCCAUUGAUCUUAUCAAUAACUUGCUGCAAGUAAAAAUGAGAAAGCGCUAUAGCGUGGAUAAGACCUUGAGUCACCCUUGGCUACAGGAUUAUCAGACCUGGUUAGAUUUGCGAGAGCUCGAGUGCAAAAUCGGGGAACGCUACAUCACCCACGAAAGUGACGACCUGCGGUGGGAGCAGUACGCUGGUGAGCAGGGGCUGCAGUACCCUGAGCACCUGAUCAAUCCCAGUGCUAGCCACAGUGACAGUCCUGACGCUGAAGAAACAGAGAUGAAAGCCCUCAGUGAGCGUGUCAGCAUCCUCUGAGUUCCGUCCCCUCUAAUCUGUCAAAACACUGUGGAAUUAAUAAAUACAUACGGUCAGGUUUAACAUUUGCCUUGCAGAACUGCCAUUAUUUUCUGUCAGAUGAGAACAAAGCUGUUAAACUGUUAGCACUGUUGAUGUAUCUGAGUUGCCAAGACAAAUCAACAGAAGCAUUUGUAUUUUGUGUGACCAACUGUGUUGUAUUAACAAAAGUUCCCUGAAACACUAAACUUGUUAUUGUGAAUGAUUCAUGUUGUAUUUAAUGCAUUAAACCUGUCUCCACUGUGCCUUUGCAAAUCGGUGUUUUUCUUACUGAGCCUCAAUUUGGUAAGAGUCUACAGAACCUGUCCAUGCAAUAGUUCUGUCCGUGUGCCCCAUUGGCGCUGUCAUUAUAAACAAACUCUUGAAGAGUAGAUUAUUACCAGUUCUAUGAACAACUCCAAAACUCAUGUGGAAAAAACAAGCGAUGGGGGAAUGGAAGAUGGAUUUACAAUCCUAGACACAAGUGCAUGAAAGAGUUUCCUGUAUAGUUUGAAAUCCUUUGCCUGCCUGGUGUGCCUCAGUAUGUUUAAACUCAAGUAAGUGGACCUAGGUGCACCUACUACUUAUAAGCCUAAAUGCCUUAGAAAUGUAAACUGCCGUAUAUAACAGAUAUUUCCCCCUUUCUUACAAUAUCCUCUGUACUGUGGAAAGUCAGAAGCUAAGCAACCUUUCGUCUUUAUGUAUUUUUCAGUAAUAACAAAUAAAUAUUCUUGUCAAA